AUGAGAGGAAGAGGAAGGGGACAAGGAGCAUAUGUAGCCCCAAACGACCAUGAAGCCGGACCUUCGCACAGGCAAACACCUUCAGGCUCCCAUAACACAGAUGCUCAAAAUCUAUGGAGGUCUUUUACUGAACCCGCAAGGCACUCGGUUUCACAGAGUACCUCACCUUCUAUCCCACACUCCUUUGGGCCUCAAUCAGAAAAUGAGCCCCACAACUCUCACCAGUCCUAUAUUCCUCUCCAAAGACACCAAUCACCCUUUGACCACCCAUCACCUGUUUUCCAAGGCCUGUUCAACCUUGCUGACUACCUUGAUGCGCCUAUGGGUUUUAACCCACUUGGACCAGAAGACCAUUUCCCUGGCGACAAUGCGAUGGAUGUCGAUGAAGAUACCGAUCCCUCAUUGCCACCAUCUGGAACUCAGAACCACCCUAUCGAGAUUUCUGAUGGGUCACCUUUUGUGGGAUCACCAUACAAUGGUCCCGACAGCUUUGAGGAAAGAUUCAGGCAGCAUGACUGGGUAUUUACCCCUAGUUACCAUAACUCUCCCCUGCACCAGCCACAGCACAGCUCUCCCUUGCACCUCCAGCAACAGCAGCCACAGCAGCAGCAAAAUCCUUCUGAGGAUUACCGGCGUGACGUGGUCACUCCACCGCCGCCACCACCUCCGGUUUUGCCUCCUCCGCCUCCGAGGCGAAGAGGAAGGAAUGCACGGAUGUCCACACGAGGGGGAAUACGCAUCGGCACCCCUCCACAUUCAGGUAGCAGCCGAUACUCGCCACUUCAUGAAGAACCAGAGAUGGGAGAAUCUUCACACCCCGUCUCAGAAGUAACAUCUGCGCCAAUCGCGCCACCACCACCACAGGAUUUUGGAAACCGAAUCCCCGCUUAUACUAGCGCGGCAGCAUAUAAUCCCUUCGAGCCGACUUUUCCCCCAGGUUAUAACUUUACAGAGGAUCCCUACUGGGUAGCUGCGAACUACAACUCUCUCAAUCCGGAAGGUACUUUUGGAGGUCCCUGGGCUACGGGACAAUCGACCUAUGGAUACCCAUCAUAUGGAUAUCAGCAGCCGCAGCCUCCUCAACCACCGCAUUAUCCGCUACCACCUCCGGCACCGAUGAUGUCGCCGCCACAAGUUCAAGAAAUCCUUCAAGGGAUAAACGAUGUGCGACGUGAAAUGCGGCAUGAGUUGCGGGAAGAGCGUCGGCAUAAUCGUGGGAUGUUUAAGAAGAUGAUGGCUAAGUCUGAAGAAGUAAACAGUCAUUCAGAGGAAGGCCCAGAUAACACUAGAAUACAUAUAACUGGUGCGGAGCUACAAGCAUUAGUAGAAAAUGUUGUUGCCAAAGCCAUUGAAAGGCAAUAUAGUGAACCAAGUAGGACCCGAAGUAGGACCCGGUCCGCGCCACAUCCCAAGACCAAGGAUCAUUCGGAGGCUCAUACCAAACCGCCCUCUAAGAAAGAUGCAUCUAAGAAAGAUGAGCUCAAGAAGGAUGAUGAGCGACAUUCAUCCAACCAAAACAGUGUUCCAUCAAGGGAGGUUGAGCAUAAGUCAGAACCGUGUGUUGAUAAAUGGGAUAGUGGCUUCCCACUUGAGCCGAGCCCUAAGAAAGCAACCUUGACAUGGUUAAGUGAGAAAUACACGGUGAAGUUGGUAACUUCAAGCGCUAACAAGCAUCGUGACCGCAUAUUGGGCGAAGCAUAA